AUAUCAUGCAGCGGAGAUCCAGGGGGGCCAACGUUGGGCUCCUAAUGCUCCUUUCUCAAGUGUUCCAUGUUGGGAUCAACAAUAUUCCACCAGUUACCCUUGCAACCUUGGCUCUCAACGUCUGGUUCUUCCUGAAUCCUUUGAAAUCCCUGUACCAUUCCUGCAUCAGUGUGGAGACGUGUUACCAGCAAAAAGACUGGCAGCGUCUACUGCUCUCGCCCCUGCAUCAUGCUGACGACUACCAUUUGUAUUUCAACAUGGUCUCCAUGCUCUGGAAAGGAAUAAAACUGGAGCGAAGACUGGGAAGUAGAUGGUUUGCCUACAUCGUGGCCACGUUCACCCUCCUCACGGGGGUGGUGUAUUUACUCCUGCAGUUCGCUCUUGCUGAAUUUAUGAAUCAGCCUGACUUUAGAAGGAACUGUGCUGUCGGUUUCUCAGGAGUUUUGUUUGCCUUGAAAGUUCUUAACAACCAUUACUGCCCGGGAGGCGUUGUCAACAUUUUGGGCUUUCCUGUCCCCAACAGAUUCGCUUGUUGGGCAGAGCUGGUGGCCAUUCACUUCUGCAGCCCAGGGACUUCCUUCGCUGGGCAUCUGGCUGGGAUUCUCGUUGGGCUGAUGUACACUCAGGGGCCUCUGAAGAAAAUCAUGAAAACAUGUGCAGGCAUUUUUCCCUCCAAUGCUGGGUAUCCAAGGCAGCAGUACCACUUUAACAAUGCAGGCCCCUCUGGGUAUCAGAAUCACCACGCGGAUGGCAGAGCAGGGGCCUAUGAAGAAACUCACAGGAACUAUGACGUCUACACAGCAGGACUGAGUGAGGAGGAACAGCUGGAAAGAGCACUAAGAGCCAGCCUCUGGGACCGAGGAAAUACCAGAAAUGGCCCAACACCGUAUGGGUUCCGGCUCACGCCAGAAGAAGAAAUGAGGAGGCAGCGUCUUCACAGAUUUGAUGGCCAGUGACGUGGCACCACUCCUGGAAAGAUGUGGUCCAGCUGCGUGGUUAUAGCCCAUUCAGUUUACUCCCCAGUCCCCUGAUUGGUUUUAAACAAAAGCAGAGCACACCAUUAAUGUCGCAGAUCACUCAUGUCUGCCAUGGUCUGUCACUCCAUGCCUCCUGUGUGUCCAGAUCUGUAAGCCCAGCUGACACAUCUGGAAACCAGGCUUAUCCCAGGAAGUGCACAGCUUGCCCCAAGUGACCCGUCUGGCCCUAUCAUCUUUCCUAAACCAAAGGUCACCUCUUCAGUUGGGACCAAUUUCCACUCUUCUCUUCUUCCCUCCUGACUCAGUGGCACACCCACACUGGGAUUGAAGACCGUGACCGUAAUAGAAAGUGUGUUUUCCCCCCACCAGGUGAGAGAAUCCACACUCAUUCUGCCUGGUAUGCCAGGUGCUUGGCUUGGAAGGAGGGGCAGUGCCAUUUCCUGGUCCUCUCACAUAUUUCCAUGAUGGUGUGGGAAGAGGAUGUGGCUACCUUCCCAGGAUUCUCUGGAUUCUCUUUGAUUCAGGCCCCUCGGGAUGAUCAGGCAGCUGGGACUGCCUGCUGUUCAUAACCCCUGCUUUGUUCUGCAUGUAGAACA